AUGAAGAUCUUUCUCUUGUUGUUUAUUCCAUCCUCAGGUUGUUAUAAUGUGAUUGAUGCGAUAUCUUGUUUCCUGUUGAUAUUGUAUUUGGGCCUGCUGAAGACUUCUUUGUGUUCUGUUUUUGUUAAUUCUUUACUUGAUAUUUAUUUGCAGCCUAAGCAAAUCCACGAGAUCAAGGAUUUCCUUCUGACUGCCAGAAGGAAGGAUGCCCGAACUGUCAAGAUCAAGAAGAACAAGGAUAUGGUCAAGUUCAAGGUUCGCUGCUCCAAGUACCUUUACACACUCUGUGUGUCCGACUUUGAGAAGGCUGACAAGUUGAAGCAAUCACUUCCUCCAGGUUUGAGUGUGCAAGACCUGUGAAGAAGGAUUUAUGCUUUUCAUAGAGUAAU